UUCUCUAAGCUCCAGACGAGUAAAUAAUUAAAYCAUGUCUGUAGGAGUCUUUGGGUAUAGCCGGGAGGCUGUCAGGGUGAAAGUGAAGAAAUGUGAGGGCAAUCAGCCAGCAGAGAUCAGAAAGUUCAGCGUCGACCCUCAAAUCACAUCCUUUGAGGUGUUGCAAAGCAUCCUGGCCAAGGCAUUUGACUUGAAAGGGGACUUUGCCAUCUGCUAUCGGGCGUAUGAUGUGACCGGCCAGGAGAUCUACAUGCGCCUAAUUUCCGACUGGGAUCUGGAUGCGGCUUUUCUCAAGGCACACAACACUUCGGUGGCCACCAAUCAGGAACCGUGUCUUUGUCUGAGAGUUGAUCUGAAACCGUUUGAGGAACAAAUUGAGGACUGGCAGCAGAAGCAGAAUGUGUCGAUUAUUGCUCAGAUUCGGACUCCUACUAGUCAGGAGGCGAAGCCAUCGUCUAGGUUUCAUGGCAUGAUUAAUCAGGUGGGUAAAACCCUCAACAUGGUGCAAAAAGUGCUGAACUUCGGAGACGAUAUGAACUCCAGUGUUCAGCCUUCAAUACCAGCACUGAGCGAUGGAGAGUUUCGAAAAUUUUGCGACGCAGUCGGGCAAAUUGUGCACGCGAAAGAACUCAGAUCCGUAAUUUAUUACGGCGGCAUUGAGCCAAGUCUCAGGAAAGUUGUCUGGAAGCAUUUGUUGAACGUUUAUCCAGAGGGAAUGUCUGGACGCGAAAGAAUGGACUACAUAAAGAAAAAAGCUGCUGAAUACGAGAAGCUGAAGAGCACAUGGAAACAAGCUAUUGCUCAGGGCCCUGUCGCCGGAGAACUGGCCUACACGACUGGAAUGGUGCGCAAAGACGUGCUCAGAACCGAUCGCCAUCAUCCAUUCUACGCAGGAAGUGAUGACAACCAAAACAUCCACUCAUUGUUCAACAUUCUGACAACGUACGCGUUAAAUCAUCCCAAGGUUUCCUAUUGUCAGGGAAUGAGCGAUUUGGCUUCACCACUUUUAGUCACUAUGAACGAUGAAGCUCACGCCUACAUCUGCUUUUGUGCGCUCAUGCAACGCUUAGUGACGAAUUUUAUGAUCGAUGGCAUUGCCAUGACGCAGAAAUUCACUCAUCUGGCAGAGGGUUUGAUGUAUUACGAUCCUGAGUUUUAUAAUUAUUUAAAGGUGCACCAGGCUGACGAUUUACUAUUUUGCUACCGUUGGCUGCUUUUGGAAAUGAAGCGUGAAUUUGCAUUUGGCGACUCGUUACGAAUGCUGGAGGUUCUUUGGGCCUCAUUGCCCGCUGACCAUCCGCAACUUGAACUAAAGCUCUUUGAUAUUCCGUUUCAGCACAUUCCGCCCAGCGCAACACCACCCAUCAGUCCGCUGGUAA